UAUAUAGAUACAGCAUAGGUCACAUUUCGAAAGAGUGGCACGAGAUCAACCCACCGACCACAGAAAAUGACGCAUCAGCCGACGGAUAGACUCAGCUUCAAUGAUGCUAUCGAGAUCAUGGGCGACUUUCUCGAAGUCGCCUUGAGUACGAUCCUGUACCUUCGCAACCUCUACCAGCCCAGCAUUUUCACCCGGGUCAAGGCCUAUGAUGUGCCAGUAUACCAAUGUCGCCAUCCAGAAGUGAGAGGAUACAUAGCAGCUUUCGUCAGAUCGGUCCUCGAGGAGAUGCGAAAGGGCAACGCCGAGAGGAUCGCGCUGGUAAUCAACUCGAUCAGCUCGGGACAACCUCUCGAGCGGUUCCUAUUCGAUCUAGAGUACAUGGACCUGAGCAAGUUUCGUGACGAGGCAGAUCGUGCCGUCGGGCUGAUCGGCUCACCCUCACAAAGCGAAAUGAGACUAUUGCUGCAGGCCUUCCUGACGCGGCUGUGCGUACUGGAGGGCCAAUUGACCGCGCUCGACGCUGAAGAUAUCACCUUUGUGCUCCUGCUUACCAUGAAGGACGGCUCGACUCCAGAGCAUCACAUCGUGGGAAAAGAUACGAGGCCAUCGCAUUCUCGACACUAUCAGGAAGACGCUGAUUCGUCAACAUGGGUUCUAGCGACAAGGCAAACCUUGGGCGGACGAGCAGCAGAGCUGUCCGCGGCGCCCUCGGAUCGUGGUGACGAAGCAGCAUCCAUACGGGCAGUGUCUUGCAUAGAAACGGGAAUCGUCGAUCUGAAUUUGAUGGUUCAUGAGUGCGAGACGAAAGCGAGCAAGCGAUUUAGACCCGUCUUGCCCACAUGACAGACCGGAGACACGAAUACUUAGUAGUAUAUGAUCCUAUGAUCUGAUGAAAUCAUUAUGAGCGUCGAC